CUUGUGUGUGUUUGCCCUUUCCUCAUGACGUAGUGUCCUGUGUCUCUCUCCCCCCUUCUCCCUCUCCUUUUCCCCUCCCUCCUUCCAACCCCCCCUCCCCUUCCCCUCGCAUCCUUGGAAGCAACAAUUAAGCAGCUCUGGGAUAAAACACACUGCCUGCGGGAGCACGGGGGCAUUGCUUCAAGAGAUGGCAAAGCAGGCAGCUGCACCCCUCCUUCCCGGAGUCCUCCUCCUCUUCUCCAUCCUCCCGGCUUCUCAGCAAGGAGGGGUCCCUGGUGCUAUCCCAGGGGGGGGAGUCCCAGGAGGAGGAUUCUUCCCAGGUGCUGGGGUUGGAGGUUUGGGAGCAGGACUCGGGGCUGGAGGUAAACCUCUUAAACCAGGGGUCGGAGGCCUCGGGGGACUCGGCCCACUUGGUCUGCAGCCAGGUGCUGCGGGUCUUUUCCCCGGAGGUGCCUACCCCGGGGGUGUCUUCCCAGGGGCCGCCUCUGCCGCUGCGCUCAAGGCUGCUGCGAAAGCUGGUGCUGGCAUUGGUGGCGUGGGUGGAAUUGGUGGUCCUGGUGGCCUCGGGGUCUCCGCAGGUGCAGUGGUACCGGGCGGGGUGCAGCCCGGGGUUGGCGCGGCAGGGAAACCCCCCAAAGUACCAGGCGCUGGAAUUCCUGGAGCUUUCCCGGGUGGCGUGCUCCCCGGCGCAGGCGUCCGCUUCCCUGGCGUAGGGGUGCUGCCCGGAGUACCCACUGGUGCUGGAGUCAAGCCGAAAGGUCCAGGAGCAGGAGGCUUCGCAGGAAUCCCCGGACUGGGAGGUUUUGGAGGUCAGCAGCCCGGAGUCCCUCUGGGGUAUCCCAUCAAAGCUCCUAAGCUCCCAGGUGGCUAUGGAUUGCCCUACAGCACUGGUAAGCUGCCCCACGGCUUCGGGCCCGGCGGGAUAGGAGCUGGCAUCGGGGCAGGAGGGAAGGCAGGAUACCCCACCGGGACAGGAGUCGGAGCACAGGCGGCAGCAGCGAAAGCAGCAGCGAAAUAUGGAGCCGGUGUCCUGCCCGGGGCUGGCGCCAUCCCGGGAGUUGGCGGAGUGGUACCCGGCGUCGGCGUUGUCCCAGGAGCUGGAGCAGUUGGAGGGCCGGCAGCGGCGGCGGCAGCAGCGAAGGCAGCGGCGAAGGCAGGAGCUUUCGGUCCAGGGGUGCUGCCUGGGGUUGGCGGUGUCCCAGGCCUCGUGCCCGGUGUUGGCGGUGUCCCCGGCUUGGUGCCCGGUGUCGGAGGCGUCCCCGGGGUGGCAGGAGUUGGGGGGCCAGCAGCAGCAGCAGCAAAGGCAGCUAAGUACGGAGCUGGUGUUGGAGUUCCCGGCAUUGGUGGUGUUCCUGGUGUCCCUGGUGUUCCUGGUGUCCCUGGUGUCCCUGGUGUCCCUGGUGUGCCCGGCGUGCCCGGCGUGCCCGGUGUGCCCAGUGUGCCCGGUGUGCCCGGUGUGGCUGGGGUUCCUGGAGUGGUCCCCGGUGUCGGUGUGGGUGGCCCAGAUGCCGCGGCGGCCGCAGCGAAGGCUGCAGCGAAAGCUGCCGCAUACGGAGCAGGACGCGUGCCCGGAGUCGGUGUGCCCGGUGUUGGGGUGCCGGGUGUUGGGGUGCCCGGUGUCGGGGUGCCUGGUGUUGGCGUACCUGGAGUUGGGGUGCCUGGGGUUGGUGUUCCUGGUGUCGGCGUGCCUGGUCUGGUGCCCGGUGGAGUUGGAGGCAUACCAGGAGUUGGAGGUCCAGCAGCCGCCGCUGCUGCUGCCAAAGCAGCUGCCAAAGCAGCCAAAUUCGGAGCAGGUGGCCUGGCUCCUGGCGUGGGUGGCCUGGCUCCCGGUGUAGGUGGUCUAGCUCCCGGUGUGGGUGGCCUUGCUCCUGGCGUAGGUGGCCUGGCUCCUGGAGUGGGUGGCCUGGCCCCCGGCGUUGGAGGUGUCCCAGGGGUUGGAGGUCCGGCUGCAGCAGCAAAAGCAGCAGCAAAGGCAGCGAAAUUCGGUGCUGGGGUCGGAGGGGUGCCAGGCGGGGUGCCCGGCGUUGCUGGAGUGCCAGGAGUGACGCCCGGUGUUGGCGCUGUGCCCGGGUUGGUGCCGGGUGUGGGGGUACCCGGUACUGGCAUCCUCCCCGGGGCAGGCAUUCCCCAAGUAGGGGUGCAGCCCGGUGCUAAACCUCCCAAAUUCGGCGUUCCCGGAGCUGGAGUCCCAGGAGUCGGUGGCAUCCCAGGUGGCCUCGGAGUUGGUGGCCUCGGAGUUGGUGGCCUUGGAGUUGGUGGGCUCGGUGCUGGGAUCUUGUAUCCAGGAGCUGUUGGGAAACCUCCCAAGCCAGGUUUUGGUGUUGGGGGGCUGCAGCCAGGGGCCGGAGUUCCUGGCUUUGGUGUGUCACCGAUAUUUCCAGGUGGGGUCGCCGGCGGGCUGGGAUUCGGUGGGAAGCCCCCCAAGACCUUCGGAGGAGCCCUUGGUGCGCUGGGCUUUAGAGGCGGCGUGGGCUGUGCACAAGGGAAGUACUGCGGGAGGAAGCGGAAGUAACCGCUCGCCGUCACCGAUGACCUCAUGAACUUUGGUGCUACUGCAUGGUCCAGAAUGUAAAUCCCAAGCAAAGCUGAGACAAACCCCCCCCCACCCCCCCCCCCCCCUUCCCAAAAACCCCGGACUUCCCCCCCCCCCCCACCUCCAUCCCAUCGCGGGACCAUCGCCGGCCCGACGUUCCCAGGAGGGACCCCGCGCCUCCGGCAGUGCCCGUCCCCCCCCCCAGCCCCUCCAUCCCGGCGGGGAGCGCGGAAUAAACUGCGGGGAGCAGCCGUCCCCCUUGGUGCUAUCGCUCCCUGCGGGAUUUGGGGGGGGGGGGGGGGGAUCUUGGGGUGUCACUCCCCGCCCCAGAGCUGACCCCGGGGGGGCGGGCAGGAUGAGGGGCACCCCACAUUGAGGGGAGGGAAGGGGAUCCCGACAGCGGGGGGCUGCACGGGGAGGGAUGUCCCUGUCAGCCUGGGGGCCCCGGUCCCCGCGCUCCCCCCGGCCCGGGGGGUCCGCGGGCAGGAGGGGCUCGGUCCCUUCAUGUUACUCACUUUGCUAUAACUGGGUGGGACGCCCUAUACAGAGGGACUCGCUUCCGACAGACUAAUAAAGGACAAGUUUUUAAAGGA